AUGAUAUAAAAUCAAAAAUGAAACUACUCAUGCAUAAUAAGUCCAUUCUGAGUGUUAUAUAUUAAUAUAUCAUGAUUAUUAUACAACUGCCUUCCGACUGCUUUCAACACCUUGACUCUUCGGCUCUUCUCAGCACCUUCAUUUCAGCUGCUCCACCAACGUAGACUCAUCAUCAUUCAGUGUUAAUGUUUAAAAUGAACUGUUUAAGACAAUUCCACCUACACAUUUGUUAGUGACCUGAACACUUAAAUGUCAAGAGUAAUUUUUUUUAACCUAAAUUUAUUAUUGAUGCAUUAACAUGUUAACAUUUUUCUGUCAAGAUGGAGACUUUUGGCUCUGUUAUUACAGGUUUCGGCAGUUAAAUUUGUAACAAAUUAUAAUAACUGCAUCAUAUUUUAUAUACCGAACUUAAUUAAAAGAAAUGUUAAAUGAUGCCACUAUAAUUACGUAAUGAAUGGAUUGAAAGAACAGUUAUUUGUAUGGGUAGGACUGUCAGGCACAGACACAAUCUUUUAAGGAAAUAUUCAAACAUUUUCUACUUUGACUCUUAAUCCUGUUUUAUAACCUCCACAAGGAGGUUAUAUAUUUGUUGAAAUUGGCUGUUAUCAGGAUUAUGCAAAAGUUUCCAAAACCGAUUUAGUGAAACUGAGUAUGAUUGGGACAUGGAACAAAGACGAACCUAUUCAAUUUAGAUCCGGAUCCAGACAUUUGUCUUGCAUGACUUUCUCUAACAUUGCAAAAUAGUUUUUUUUGAUUACAUUUUCACUGAUUUUCCAGGGAAUAAUUCAUGGAUCUUGACAAAAAAAAAUAGAAGGCAUUUUCAGGGGCUGAUAUGUGUGACAUUUGGUGCAGCUUGAUUGAAUUUAAGGCGACUCUUCUGAUUGCUAUUCUAGUUCUUUUAUGUGAUUGUACUGGAUAUCUUUGGGGUUUGGGGUUGUCCAGUCCUUUCUCUGCAAAGGACUGGAAACAAGAGGAAACCGGUUGCUCUGCUCUGUCCGAAGGUAAGAAACACAUCUUUAAAGCUCAUUAUUUAUUAUGUCAUGUGGAUUUAACAAAUAAUAAUGUGCUGAAUAGAGAAUGUGUUAAAUGAGUUUUUAUAUAUAAAGUAAUAGGUAGAAUAAUUGACAGUGUUAUCAACCCUAGAAAUAAACAUGGGAGAAUAGAGCGCAAGAUUUUUCAGAAUAUUAAGCAGUUCAUAAUGAAAUGAAUGAGCACAUAAAAAUGACCUAAUUUAGAGUAAAAUAGUAAAUGUGCUUUGUUCAUUUCCAUGGGUUGGACUGGAAAACACCUUGCUUUGAGGUGCAUCCGAAAGAAGUGAUGCUGCAGCUCAUCUCAGAGACAUGACAUCAUCGUUUAUAUGUGUGUGUGUGUGUGUGUAUACGUGCACGAAUGUUGUUGCUAAGGGCGUAGGCAUUGUGUCUGAGUGUGUGUGUAUGUGUGUUGUAUUAUCUUCCUCUGUCUUCAUCAGCUCCAUGGAUCCUCCUGCUUCAGAACCGGAUCCACUCAUCACCACCUCCCGCAUGGAGACGACAUAUCACGGAUAAGGAAGCAGCCCUGUCUCCGUGCAUCACUCCCUCUUGCAGCCCGGCACUUGAACGCACCACUCGGAGACAGACAGAUCCGAUCAGAUGCAUUUAAAUUAAUAAGUCAGACUUUAUUUAACUCAGCCUCCACCGCGCGUUAACCCUGCGCUCCCCCGGCUUCAUAUGGCUUUUUACCCGCGGAUCAGCUUCAGGUGAAAAGCUGUGAUCAUCAUCUGCUCCAGUCAGACAUGGAAGCGCGCACAUCAGAGCCGCUGUGUCAGCCCUGUGUUUACCACGAAGCUUUCAAAGUGGAGCUACAGGUGAGGAGACCUCUGAUGCCUGUGCAGCUGGGUCCAGAGCAGGUGGGCCUGGAGAUGCUGUGUCUCUGUGGGCAGCUGGACCUCCUCAUCAGGGCACAGAUGCAGCAGUUCCAGGAGCAGUUGGGACAAGGCUGCAGUCCAGAGGAAUCAGACACUUUCCAGUCUCAAGGAUCAGAUAUUCUCGACCAGAUGCUGCAGUGCCUUGAACAUCUACCAAAGCCUAUGCCACAGCUGGAGGACUACCUGGACAUGAUGGGCCUCUCAGCCAUGUUUCCUCGUGUAGAGGUGUUCCUUAUUCAAGGCAGCCCCGUGGAGAUGCUGGAGAGGCCGCCGAUGGACGAUUACUUCUACCACAUCGCCAAACUGAACCAACUCUUGGUGCUGAGUCAGCAGCUGGAAGAAGAUAUCCGACACCUUGGAAGUCAUAAAUACAUCGCCCACCAGCUCUCGGUCAUAUAUCAAGUCAUCAGCUCUUUCAGGGGAAUUCAGGUCUUCUCUGAAAUAAAGAAAGAUAUUGAGGCCAACUUCAAACAGAUGAAGCAGUCUCUGGUGAACGAUGAAGGCUCCAGGCACGAGCCUCAGCUGGCUGCUCACUACAUCAACUGGAUAUUAGAAAUAACUCAGAGCUUAACGUCGGCGGUGCUGUCGCUGCCGGAGGAGCUGACGGACGACCUCCACCAGGCCGUGACCUUCGUGUCCCAGCUCCUGUCCUGACUCUGUAUCUACGAGCCCUGACGUUCUGAUGCAGCGUCUCCAGGAGUCUCCUGCUUCUAAAUGAACUGAUGAUGGCACGACUCUGAAGAGGUGCUACACAAGUGGAUUGGAAAGCCUACUUCAUUUACAAAUCAUCUAGGUUUUUAUAUUUCCCUCCUGAAUGUGACUCGUGUAUUUACAUGUGGAAAGUCAGCUGUUUGGAAAUGAAUGUAAGCUUGAGAGAUCCCUCCUUGCACUACUGUUAAUAAAAACUA